AUGAAUGAUAUCGUGUCGAAAUCACCACGCUCACGACUAAUCUUAGAGCGAGUUUUGGGUCUAACAGCAUUGAGCAAUGCGCAGGUUGCUGUGAAUCCUGCGUCGGGAGAGCUGGCGUACGCUGCGGGCUGCAUUGUAGUGAUUUAUAACCUCCGGCGCGACAAGCAGGUGCGUUACUACCGCGUGGACAAAUUUGUAUCGUGCCUGUGCUUUUCGCCCAGCGGUCACUAUCUUGCUAUUGGCGAAAAAGGCUAUCGACCAGCUAUAACUAUUUGGGACGGCACAGAUGGCACGCUAUGCGCUGAAUUACAGCGACACCAAUAUGGUGUGGGAUGCAUGGCCUUCAGCCACGACGGACGCUUCUUGAUAUCCGCAGGCCUAGAUCACGACAAGCAUCUGUAUGCAUGGGAGCUUAUAGGCAAACACAAGGAUGCGGUGCGGCGGCUUGAUGUCACUAUCGUAGGCUGUGCUUUUGUUGAAGACAAAAUUUUGGACGCUGACUACUGCCAAGCCGGAAAUUUUUUUGUAACAGUUGGAAAGAAACAUUUUAAGUACUGGUUUCUAGACGACAAAGGAUCAUUUCUACUGACUGGGCUUCGUUUGAAUGACUUGCCUGAGCUGCAACAUCGUGACGCUGUUCUGAAUGCAAAGACAUCAGCAACAUUUACUGGAGUUGGGUGUGGCUAUGGAAGUUGUGAACUUAAAACAUUUGCAUCUACAUUGGAUGGAACAUUGUGUUGCUUUGGCGCUUCUGGUAUUAUGGAACGAUUGGUUUCUGUGGAAUCGAAGUGUGGAAAUGCCAUUUCAGUCACAGAAGCAUAUGUGGCGGUGGGUGGGUCAAGUGGCGUUGUGAGGCUAUUCAGUCCUUCAACACUCGAGUAUUGUGCUACGCUGCCCUUUCCUCCAGCCUUUGGGGCUGCCAAUGACCCAUUUAAACCUGUCUCGGCGUCACCAAGUGUUUUGUAUCCAGCUGAUCCAUCUCGGUACGCAGCCGCGAUUGCUACUCGAAUCACAGGCUCCCAUGUGAUUGUAAUCUACAGCGAUCGAAGCAUUUUUAUAUAUGGUACGGCAACAAUAGACAACCUUACUGUCGAACGUUCAUUUCUAUAUCAUAGUGGAGGAAUUCGAGACUUGCAAGUUGCUGGUCAUGUUCGUGGCAUCGAUGCAAAAGAUGAUAAUACUAUUCGCCUUUGGAAUUUGGAAUUACAUCGACGCCCAGCGAAGUCGAGCAGGUUCGAGCUUAGCGCUGCUGGACGGUCGGGGCUUGAGCAUUGGAAAAGUCCGCAUAGCCAAGAAAUGCUUCGAGUAAUAUACAAUGACAUCGAGAGCGAUUUUGCAGACGCAAAGUGCGUCGUUCUGGGAGGCACAUGCUCUCAUGAGUCCAAAAAUCCUGUAAACUCACCCCAUAGUUGGAAUAAAGGGCUUCGAACAGUAGCUGUUCGUCCUGAUCAGAAAGAAAUUGCUGCUGGUGACCAGAAUGGAAAUAUUGUUGUGGUGCCAAUGCAUCCCGCGAAAUCUGCUACUCGAAUAAAAGCUCACAGCUCGAAUGUAAAUUGUCUUGCUUACAGCAGCUAUGAAGAUAAUUGUCCAUUUUUUAUGACAUCUGGGGGACAAGACCAAUUAAUUCAGCUAUACGAUUGCCAAAAGGGCCAUGUCUUGAUAAAUACAAUUGAGCCUCACUCAGCUGCUAUAACCAACUUGUCAAUAUCCCGUGAGGGAAAGAUUCUUUUAAGUAGUGGAGCUGACAAUUCUGUUGUUCAAAGUGAUCUUGAUGCAAGAGGGAAAGUAACCAGCUCUAAAGUGCUCUUCAGUAGUAGUGGCAAAAUAUUUGGUACGGUUUUUCUGCCUGAUCGUGAUACAGCUGUCGUAUCUUGCAACAACAAACUUGAAUUCUUGAAUAUCAGAACUGGGAAUCAACAGCGGGCGCUUCCGGUAGGAGAACAAGGUCACCUUGCUCUUUGCCCCGCUGGCCAUUGCGUUGCAAUUAGUGGCUCUAAUACCAACAAUAACAUUCACGUAAUUGAGUUGGAGACGGGAGACAUGCUAGCUACUGCUUCAGGUCAUGGUGACGCAAUAACGGCACUGAAAUUUACACCUGAUUGUCGGCGCUUACUUUCGGCUAGUAGUGAUAGCUGUAUAUUUGUGUGGAGACUCGCUGACGACAUCCAGACUAAAAUCAAGGAAGCGCCACUGCCACCUCCAGCACCCCCGGUUACAACACAUUCCGGUCAGAAGUGUGGUGGAAUGGAAAGGACUGCAUUUUCAACGAUGAGUUUUGACAGGAGUAAGGUCUUUCAACCGGCCGAAGCGGAUCUAGCAGCAGUUAAAAUCGCUUUAAAAAAAUCUUCGAAGUGGAAAGGGAGCAGGGUCGCUGUGCCUGGACCCCUGGCAGCUAUUCCUUUGGAAAAAUGGAUGCGGACAAGGGCGACAGCGAAGCCAACUAUACAUGUUAUUGAAACUAACUUUUCGCAACUGAGUGAUGAAGCGACUUUGUUGACGCCGGAAGAAGAUUCUGGUAAAGUGGCUACUUUGUCGUAUUCAAAAGAAGAAAUGAAUUUAAUGACAUUGAACGAAGAUGCUGUCUUAAAAAAUCAAGUGAAUAGUUUGGAUACUGAGCAGGUCAACAAUGGAGAACAAAAAGCAGAUAACGGAUCGCCAAAAACACCUAGUAAAAAUAUUCUGGCGGGCAAGGAUGAAUUAACGAGUCUAUCGCUAAAGAUGGUCGAUACAAGCACACCAACAUCAACCUCCUUAGCUUUAGAACGUGAGCACUUGAUGAAACGCAAGAGACAGCUUAACACCGCAAACGCGGUUGCAACUAUGAAUACGAGGCUGAGUCAGCUCGGUUUUCUGAAGUCACCUUCAAAAGUGGCUAUUCAAGUCCAAUCAAAACUUCCAGCACCCUCACCACAAAAUAUUUGUCAAUCAAUUCCAAUGAUGGAUUCCUCUGUAUCUCAAACGGAACUGCUUACUACCACUGGAUGCACUAAUGAAAAUACAUCUCAUCAAGUAAGGGUAACCCCCUAUAUCAGUGACGUCAAUCAAAUACUAACUCAUGAAACUAUGGAGAUUCUCACGACUGACCUGCAAGCCAAGAAAGUAAUAAUGUGUGAAGACACUGGCGCAAAUAAAGGGGUCCAUAGCGUCAUUGGUGAUGUGGUAGCUCAAGCUGAACGCAGUAUUGAAGAAUCAGCUAAGCUGCUUCCAGAAGACGGAAAGAUAGUUGCUUCACUGGGCGUACAUGACGACCAACAAAAGAAAAAAUUUGGAAAAGAGUUUGAUGAAGCAAGAAACCAAUCGAACGGCAUAUACUGCGAAAAAGUGGAUGCAUCACUGAGCUCCUUUACCAGUGGAUUUGUAGCGCUAGGUUCACCUCACAUCGUUAACAAGAACGAAAUUCUAGAUGAGUCGACUUCAUCUUCCCUCAGUCCAAAUGAUUAUAUUGCCUCAGCUGGAGCCCAGCAGCAAAUGCCGGUGGAUGCGUCAUUGAGUACUUUUGUUAGCGGAUACGGAUUAAUGAAAGAAAGUGUAGCUGACAUUAAUACUCUAGACGCGGAAGAUAUUGUGCGGCCUUCGGCGGUGGCCAACGAUACUUUGGGAUCGGCUGCACUGGAAAUAUUAGCCAAUUUAUGCCAGCCUUUGGAAGUAGCUGCAAGCAAUUUAGUCAAGAUCACCUCAUGCCAAGAGCAAAAUGAUGCGAAGUUACUGGAGGUUAAAAAAAAAAUCGAUACACUCCGAUCAACCAUCACCUCUAUGUUAAACAAAUGA